AUGUACGUACGACGCAAGAAUUGUGAAUACAGUCGUAUCAAACGCUCUAGUCGUAAACCAAAGCCUUGCGACGCGUUUUCCAACAAUUUUGGAUCCUACCUAAAGUUGUUUCUCAUCUGGUCCACCAUCAUGGUGCUGGAUUUCUUGAUGGAGUUUCGAUUCGAAUACAUGUGGCCCUGCUGGCUUUUGAUUCGCACAAUCAACGACUCUUUCAAGUACCAAGGCAUGUCUGCCCUUCACACACGCACCCCUUCCUUCCCCCCUCCCGAAAAAACCGCCCAACUUGCCUCCCUCGUCACAACACGCUGGCCAAUCGUGGAAUUUUCUGUGGGCGUUGGCAAAAUUGCCCGCUAUCAUUGCUGCCUCCCGCGCGUUCGCGGUCUUCUUCACGCUGAUCGCGCUAACCUCGGACCUCAUUUGCUACCUGCUCGUUCCCUCGUCGUGGCUCUUUCUCUUCGGCAGCACCUGCGUGUGGAUCGAGCUAGUGUGGCAUGCCGCACCUCUGGCGCCCGUAAACGUCGGGAUCAGAUGCUUUUUCCUCGUGUUGUCAUGGCACACGAAGAAGAUACUUACAUCACCGUGUUGAGAGCACUUCUUCCGGGUCUAAUUAACCUGACCUCGAAACAGCGUUCCCCCACUAGUCUUACCUACCUCCACCCCACCCGGGGCGGUGCAACUGCAGGCCCAGCGUGCCGCGUCCGCAGCCCCUUGAAGGCGAAGUGGGAAGGGCGAACAAGCGAUGCUAUGAAGCCCAUGCUCAGGCGUCACACUUGGGGUGGUGGUGGUUUUGCGCGUUUGAACGUGUUUGCCACGCCGCGGCUGGACAAUGAACCAAUGGCGGACGGACGGAGGAAUCGGAGGAUGCAGGAGGGCAUGCAGGAGGCGUGCCCGUGCGUCUGUGUGCACGCCGUGACAGCUGAAACACUCACCGCACAGUGUGGGGGUCCGCGCUCGCCUACUCUGCGACCGCUGCUGGGUUUGUGGGGUGCCUUGGAUGAGGCCAAGUGGCUGCUCACCCGAUUUGAACCUCGGCGCAUUACGCCAGUCCACAGUUUCCACGACCUCGAUUAUUCCACGCUAUUAUCUACAACAACGCACUUACGGGCGACUUACUUUGAUAAACAAACACGGAGUCCAAUUCCCCAGGGUGUAUUUACUGGUUUGUUUGUUUGUUUGUUCUUCCUAGAGCGUGGCGUGUGCGUACCAACCGUGGCAAUGUGCUUUCUCUUCCUCUACGUGGAGGUGGCGGUUCGUCUGCGCGAUCCCAAGACCAUUCCACUGAGCGUCGAUUUGUGUCGACCGUUCGCCGCUCAUUGUCAUCCUCAUGCCCUCUGUCUCUCUCCUUUCCGAUUUUUUUGUGUGUUCAUACGAGGGACGACUGCUCUCACCUCGGUCCUCAGCCAAGUCGAUCUCCAUCAUGUCAUCGAAUUUUGCAUAUCUCUGCUGUCAAUUGUCCAAUCGGACAUCAAUUGUGCUGCCAUUCGUGGUGAUGGUGCCGAAAUGUAUCUAAUACACCUCACCAGUGUCGACGGGGCUGCCGAACUCCUCGACAUGGUUGUCAACUCUAGUUUCCGAGGGCAACCACGCCACUUGGGCGGAAGUUUACACAAAUUUCUCGUUGGAAAGUGGGGCUUCUCGCGUAGUAUUCCUUCCCUUUCACCGGCUCGUCGUCUGUCCGUCUCGCAAGCGACGAUUGAGAGACCAAACUGGCGUCAGAAUUUCACAGGUCACCAAACGGCUAUAAAGACCCUCUUCACGAAUCAUGUAGGUGAAUUGGCGAACGGCCAGUUGCCAGCACCCAGUCCCCCCAACGCGAUUACCGGCAGCCUGCCAGUAGGCGCGACUGCACCUGCAACCACCUUAGCUGUGACUACUGCUAGUACUACUACCUCCACGACAUCAGUAGCAUCCACGUCGUCGAAGAGCUCUCGAAAACAGCAGCAGCAACAGAGUCUGACCGCUGCCAAGUCCACACCUUCAGCAGCCAACUGUGAUCAUUCCCUGGAGGUGAAGAGUGCCCCAAACCACGCCAACGCAGAUCGAAAGUUUUUCGGUGGCUACGAUGGCACAGACCACAAUCACCACCACACGCAACAGUUGAAGGAGUCGGGCGAGUACUCGCCGUGCUGUGAAGCUCCGGCGAUCUCCUCGAGUUCCUCGUCACUCUCGGGUCAGGAGGUGGCGUUGGACGCGCGAUUGUCGUCGGCGUCGUCAUCGGGCGCCUCAAAGCGGUCCGUCGCGACGACCACCGCCAACACCAGCACCACCUCGCCGCCGCCGCCACCAGCACCACCGCCGCCGCCGCCGCCGUCACAGUGCAACGCAGCCACCCCUACCACCACCGUCGCCACCUCCACCACCGCUACCGGCAAAGCCAAGACCUCGGACAAGUCCUCCAGGGCCGGCAAGGACGCCUCUGUCUAUCGGCUUGAAGACGAGUUGCGGAAACUGCGACACGAGCGCCAAAGCAUGCUGGUGACGGAGUCGGAGCUGCGUGCCCAGGUCACCCAGCUGACGACGCUGGAACGCACCUCUCGCACUGAGACGAGUCAGGCGCGGCAGGAGGUCGAGCACUUGCAGUCCAAACUGGCCACCGUGACCCAACGGCUUCAGACGGAGCGUGAGAACCUUCAGGUGGCGGAGAAGAAGGCGGCCGAGGAGAAGCGCCAGCGAGCUGCCCUGGAGGUGAGUUUGGCCGCCGAGAAACGUGCGCGCAAGGAGGCCGAGUUGGCGCUCAAAGCGACGUCAACGGCGGCGUCGUUCGGCACCGCAACGACCUCCACAACCAGCCAACCCUCCACCACACCUCCAUCCAUUGGCUCCAAAGCCGCGACAACAAAACCUGCCGUGGUGCCGGUAGGCGCCAACCGAGCGCCAGCCGGCAUCAUCAGCCGUUGCACCUCGGAGGCGUGUGCCCACCGCAUGCACGAUCUGGAGACGCAGGUGAAGGCGCUGUCGCGUGAAUUGGCCAUGAAGGAGGCGCAGCUGAUCGCGGCGUCGCAGUCGAACCGCGCCGCGUCCCCACCCACCUGCUCGUCCGCGUACGCCAUUGAGCGCCAGCAAAAGAUGCUGCUGAAACAGCAGAGCAGCGAACAGAGCCACCGCAUCGCCGACCUGAUGCUCCACCUCGGCGACCUUGAGGCCGAGAACGCCCGCCUCAAGGCCACGCUCAAGGCGGAGGACAAGAUGAAACAGGAACUCCUCGCCGGCUACCACACCUCCCUCAAGGAGAUCACCGAGCUUAAUUCCACUCUCACGCGCAAGGAAUACCAGAUUGUGGAAUUGAACAUGCGCUUAGACCUCAUGAACCCCAACGGUCCCUACAGCUACAUGCUCGGCGCAGGAGUUGGCGCCGACGCGGACGGAAGAGGUGGGGGCCACCAGCGGGCUCCCACUGGCUACAUGAAUGGCGUCGGUGGCGGCGGCGGCGGGGGCUACGGAGAGAGUGGCGGAGGUGGUGGCGGCGGCGCUGGCAGUCUGUUCCCGCCACGCUCCACGGACGCAGAUUUCGAUUUCGGUGGGGGCGGCGGGUGGCCGACUUUCCCCACAACCUCGGCGUCCCCGUCGGUCGUGUUUUCUGACCACCAUCAUCAUCAACAGCAGCAGCAGCAGCAUCACCACCGAUUACGCUCUGAUAGCACCAGCGCCGUGCUGAAUGUGCUGCUGAAUACUCGGGAAGACAAGGCUCCGAUCCACCCGCCGCCGCCGCAUCUUCAGCGAUUCGACACCGGCGUGGUGGAUCUGGAGGCCGCUUCGAACAGUCUGUCACCACCAGAGUUCUUAUCUAAACUGAGAAGCCAGCUAGCAAUGGCAGGAAGUAAUAUCGGUUCAACCCAGCAGCCCGCACCAAUCAGUCCACCUUCGCGCGACACUGUUAGUGGUGGCGGCGGCGGCAGCGAAGUCUUGUCGGACGGUCCGACGCGAACCAGCUCCGGCGCUACCGCGGAGGCGGCUGACAGCGAUCCAGGGGGAGGCGGGGAGGUGGUGGGGGGAAGUGGAACAGCGGGGGACUAG